AUGUCACCAAUCAUGUCAAAUUUUCUCUAUGUGAUCUGUAUAUUUGCUUUUACUUACGUCGUAGAAAGUUCUUGGAAUGUUACUAUAAAUCAUAAUCCAAAUUGUAAUCUCUCGAAAGGAUGUGACAAAUAUGAUGUGAUAUACAUAAAUGGUCGUAAUUUAACAUCUUCAGUACAUGUGUUUAUAACAGCAUCAGAACGCUUUUCUCUUCCAUCAAUUUUGAUUAUUCACAGUUCAUCAGCUGAAGCUAAUCCUGUAAUAGAAUGGGAGAAUUUAAAUGUUUCUUCUGGAAAAAGAUUAAAUAUCGGUAAUGUGACCCAGUCAUAUGCUCUUGUAUUUUAUAAAAUGUUUGAAUAUAAUGAUUUAUCUGAUGAUGUAAACAUGUCCAUUUAUCCUCAAAAUUCUGAUCAAAUUCGAAUCCACCAUUUAAAUGAAUAUAACUGGAAGCGUAAUUCGAACAACGAUAGUUCAUCAUUCUUUGAAAAUAAUUUAUUUGAAAUUACAUACAAUGGAAGUAGUCCAAAAUUGACUUCAUCAUACGAGCAGGUUAUUAUUAAGUUUCGAAUAAGUAAUACAACUCAACAUCAUAAAGAUAUGCCACAUUUAUUAUUUAAACCUGGUUGGAUUAUUCAAUUUGAUAUUUUAUUCAAUAAUUUAACUAGUAAUUUUAAUCAAAGUCGAUUUGGUUUACAAUUAAUGAUGAUGUCAAAUUUAACCUUGGAUCCAACUGAAGAAUUUCGUAAAGAAGUUUUAUUCAGUAUUGACGAUGAAUUAACACCUGGAAAUUUUGAGAUGACCAAUAUUUUAUUAGGUGAAUCAGUAUCUAAAAUGAAUAAUAAUGCUGAACAAUAUUCAAGUAAUUCAACUCAUCCAUCAGCAUUUCUUCAAAUCAAACCAGCUUGUUUCAUUGAUAAUCAUUUGCGAACAGUUCAAAAUAGUCGUAAUGUUUAUAUUGGUAAACAUCAAGAUUUAUUAGAGAAUAAUAAAAUCGGAAAUGAUAAUUUAUCUCAAUUUCAUUUACUUCAUUAUUCAUUUCCAUCAAUAUUUUAUGCGAAUAGAUUAAAUCCUAAUAGUAACAAUGAUACUAACCUGAAACCUAUUGGUAUUCGUUUAUUAAAUGUAUCAUUUGGUACAUCGACUGAUGGAUUUUAUGCUAAAUCAAAAUUUCUUGUUUGGACUGCGUCGUUUGGUCUUGGCAACCCGCCUACUGAUAAUCUAUCUUCUUUAUUGAUUGGAUUAAUUAUAUUCUCGAUGCUAAUCAUUGUUAGCUCUGUAGUUUUAGGCAUUCUACUUGUCAUUGUUUUACGUCGAAGCACUACUAUUAUCAAUAAUGACAGACAACCGAUUCUUAGUCAUUUUGUUAAUGAUCCUAUCGCUUAA